AUGGAGAAGUCAAUUAAGAGACCCGAACCCAAGGAAAAUUAUGAGAAGAAAAUGAUGAUUGUCACUAUGAUAUUUUGUUCCUAUAAGGGGAUAAGGCAAUUAGAGUGCCAAACAAAUCCUGAAAUUCAGGGACUUUUCCAGCUCCAAUUUGCCAAAAAGACUUUCCAAACCACCAGAUUGAAAAAACGUACAAGGAAGGCCUUUGGAAUACGGAAGAAAGAAAAGGACACUGAUUCAACAGGUUCACCAGAUAGAGAUGGAAUUCAGCCCAGCCCACAUGAACCACCCUACAAUAACAAAGCAGAGUGUGCGCGUGAAGGAGGAAAAAAAGUUUCGAAGAAAAGCAAUGGGGCACCGAAUGGAUUUUAUGCGGAAAUUGAUUGGGAAAGAUAUAACUCUCCUGAGUUGGAUGAAGAAGGCUACAGCAUCAGACCCGAGGAACCCGGCUCUACCAAAGGAAAGCACUUUUAUUCUUCGAGCGAAUCGGAAGAGGAAGAAGAAUCCCACAAGAAAUUUAAUAUCAAGAUUAAGCCAUUGCAAUCUAAAGACAUUCUUAAGAAUGCUGCAACUGUAGAUGAGCUGAAGGCGUCCAUAGGCAACAUUGCACUUUCCCCAUCACCAGUGGGUCUAAUACAGUUAGUGGGCAUUUGGAAGUUAUCUGGGGUUCUUUUAGAUCAGCCUGAGAUAUGGGGUUCAGGCCAACCAAUUAAUCCAAGCAUCGAGUCGCCAAAGUUAACAAGGCCUUUUCCCACUGGAACACCCCCACCAUUGCCUCCCAAAAACGUACCAGCCACCCCACCCCGAACAGGCUCCCCGCUCACAGUUGCACCAGGAAAUGACCAGUCAGCCACAGAGGUCAAAAUUGAAAAACUACCAUCAAUCAAUGACUUGGACAGCAUUUUUGGCCCAGUGUUAUCCCCCAAGUCUGUUGCUGUUAAUGCUGAAGAAAAGUGGGUCCAUUUUUCUGAUACGUCCCCGGAACAUGUUACUCCAGAGUUGACUCCAAGGGAAAAGGUGGUGUCCCCACCAACUGCAUCAGACAACCCAUCUGACUCCCCAGCUCUGGGCCCCCCGGGCCCUCCAGGCCCCCCAGGACCCUCUGGUCCUCCUCGAAAUGUACCGUCGCCGCUCAAUUUAGAAGAAGUCCAGAAGAAAAUCGCUGAGCAGACCUUCAUUAAAGAUGAUUACUUAGAAACAAUCUCAUCUCCCAAAGAUUUUGGGCUGGGACAGAGAGCAACCCCACCUCCCCCACCACCACCCACCUACAGGACUGUGGUUUCAUCCCCUGGACCUGGCUCGGGCAGUGGUACGGGGACCACCAGUGGUGCAUCAUCCCCUGCUCGACCAGCCACUCCCUUGGUUCCCUGCAGCAGCACCACCCCUCCACCGCCUCCUCCCCGGCCUCCAUCUCGGCCAAAGCUACCUCCAGGAAAACCUGGAGUUGGAGAUGUGCCCAGACCUUUUAGCCCUCCCAUACAUUCUUCCAGCCCUCCUCCGAUAGCACCCCUUGCCCGAGCUGAAAGUACUUCUUCAAUAUCAUCCACCAAUUCCUUGAGCGCAGCCACCACUCCCACAGUUGAGAAUGAACAGCCUUCCCUCGUUUGGUUUGACAGAGGAAAGUUUUAUUUGACUUUUGAAGCUAUUCAGAUCUACUUAGUACAUAUUAAUGACAUGUUGCUGGAUAUUAAUUCUGUACCUCUUUUUGGUACAGUGGGAAACGAUAAUACUCAAAAUGAUGCCAAUACCAAGGAAUUCUGGGUAAACAUGCCAAAUUUGAUGACUCACCUAAAGAAAGUGUCGGAACAAAAGCCCCAGGCUACAUAUUAUAAUGUGGACAUGCUCAAAUAUCAGGUGUCUGCCCAGGGCAUUCAGUCCACACCUCUGAACCUGGCCGUGAACUGGCGGUGUGAGCCGGUCAGCACUGACCUGCGCAUAGAUUACAAAUACAAUACGGAUGCAAUGACAACUGCCGUAGCCCUCAACAAUGUGCAGUUCCUGGUCCCCAUAGAUGGAGGAGUAACCAAGCUCCAGGCCGUGCUCCCACCCGCAGUCUGGAAUGCUGAACAACAAAGAAUAUUGUGGAAGAUUCCUGAUAUUUCUCAGAAGUCAGAAAAUGGAGGGGUGGGUUCUUUAUUGGCGAGAUUUCAGUUGUCUGAAGGCCCAAGCAAACCCUCCCCGUUGGUCGUGCAGUUCACAAGUGAAGGAAGCACCCUUUCUGGAUGUGACAUUGAACUUGUUGGAGCAGGGUAUCGGUUCUCACUCAUCAAGAAAAGGUUUGCUGCAGGAAAAUACUUGGCAGAUAACUAAUAAAAUCUUAUGCAAGGAUUUGGAGGAUUCAUAUAAUGGAGAACUGUUGUAUGAGAAACAGGUUUUAAUUUUGGUUUGAUGGAAACAAACCAAAAUCUGCACUUGGGACAUAUCUGCUGGAAAUGUCCAUGACUUUCAGCAAUGAUUUCCCUCACACAAUACCAUGAUGACCAGUCUUAACAGUAUUUACUUCUAGGUGUAAUAUUGUUAAUGGUUUUAAAAUGUAAUUAUUGUAUUUGUAAAUUGUACUCAUUCCAGUAAGGCAGUUAGACACUUGAGUUUUAGCAUUUUACCAUUCCUAAAAUGGAUGUAAUUUAAACUGUGGUAUGUAAAUUUAAUAGUAGUACUGUUGAAUGGCACAAUGCUUACAGAGGUAGAUUGCAUUUUGUCAAUAUAUAAAAUUUAAAUAUAAUAUUGAUAGCUGUCAUAAAGGGGGUGCCACAUACAAAGAAAAUUAAGUGGAACCAGAAAAAAAAAAACUUCCUUUUCUUCAAUCCUUAGUAGGUUUUACUCUAGUGCUAAAUAAAAAUUCUAUCUUCAAAUAUUUAGUGGGUUAAAUUCAGAAACUAUUUCAGAAAAAAAAAGUUCUAAAGUUACAGCAUAUUCAAGAAGAGCAUUAAUUACCACUUUUUAAAAAGCUUUUUUUUCAAACUGCAAAUUUCAUAAAAAUGCGAACUGUGUAAACAGGGCCUCUUAUUUUUAUAACUUGUGUAAAAAGGGAAAGCAAUUCAUAUUUAAAGUUUAAGUAUAUGAAAUUAUAAUCAAGAGUAAAGAAGAUGUUGAAGUCUUAACUACUUCCCCCUCUCUCUGCAGUUUAACGAAUGUGGAGAUUGCUGAAUAAUAUCAGAUUAAAGCCAAAAUUGUGAUUCUAAAAUUUCAAGACUUUCCAUAGUUGAACUGCUGAACAACUUUUGCACAAUUACUCUAAAUAGUCUCUCCCAUCUAGCAUGGAGAAUGGUACCACAUAUCUUUCUCUUUACCUGCAGGAAUCAAAACAUUAAGACUAAAAUUCAGAAUAAAAAAUUAGUGCCCCGUUUAAGUCCAGAAGGAAAAUUUUAAUCAUCAUCAUUUAUAUCGUUUGAGAAGGAAAAAAAAAAGCUUUAUAAAUGAAAUUCAAUCCACAUUAUUGUGCAAUAAAUUUCCUUUUGGAUAAGAUUCAUGGUAUGUUAACUAUAAAUUUUUGCCAUUCUCUGAGAAUCAGAGAGUUAUCAAAAAUUUAUGUCAUAAUUUAAUUGUCGCAAGGUAUAAUUAAAACUAAUUACUCAGUCUGGCCUCACAAUGUGACUAUUCAGAACGGAGAAGCACUUCUUCUGGGGUGGGUCUUGGUUGUAAAACUCUCCUCCUCUACUAUCUGAAAACAUGAAACUUCCUUUAAGUCAUAGACCUUCUUUUAAACAUGAACCAAUUCUUAUUCUAAGUUAUACUAUUAAAUAACUGGAAUUCUUAAGCUGUUGUAUUUAUCAUUAGUUGCUAAAUUUUAUUUUAUGUUCACUUACAUUUGACAAAGAAUCAUUAGUUCCUUUAAAUUUUAGAAUCAAAUUAAAUUUUGUAAGUCUUACUUUUAAAAUGAGAUUGUGACUGGCAAUUGUUUAUAGUGGAACUUUUUAAAUUAAUAUUUGUACUUCUCAAUCAGUGCUUGCUACCGAGAGAAUGUUCAAAAUGAUCUGUUUUACCUCAGAAGAAUUCCUACUAUUCAAACACUCUCAGUUGGCUCCCCAGACAGUCUGGUGUGGAAGUUUUUUGGACAAAUUAUUAAUAUACUCAUUUUAAGUAAAGAUAUUCAAUUUGAUUUUGAAACCAAAAUAGAAAAUGCAAACUUUUAAAUCCCACAAAACAUGGGGAAACAUCAAACACUGAAACCAAUGGAGAGUAAGCAGCAGAAAACUGAGAAUUAUCCAGCAUACGAAUAUAAAAAUGCGUUUUUAAGUAAUCAAUUCAUAAGGAAAACGUAUUGAGUAUUAACACGAAACAUAUUAAAAAUGUGUAAAUAUUACUGGUUCUUAUGUCUUGCUCUUUAUAUUUUAUUUUAUAUAGUUCUAGAGUGAAUUAGUAAUUAAACACAAGGGUUUUUUUCAAAGAAUAAUUUUGUUGAUAUUGUAAAAAUAUAAUUUAAAACAUAGACUACAAUAAUCUCUAACAUUAUUCAAACAUUUCCAGGAACUAAAUUUGACACUAUGAAGAUCUCUUAUGAUCCCUUAGCUGGUCUUUGUGAAACAGAAUGGAGGUCAUUGGCUUCAUAAUUAUUAAACUUUCAAUAACCAGAACCUCAAUAGAGAAGAUAUCCCUUCUCCUUUCAGAAAAAUAGGUCAAAUAAUAACACAAUAAACUCAUAUCAGGGCUUUAGAUUUUGGUAGGUUUUUUUUUUUUUAAUCUUGUAGUUUACAAUCUCCUCUUAUACCCGUAUCCAUAGUACUGUACAGUAAGAAUUCAUAUUAGGAAAAAAGAUCCUAGACAAUGCAAGGGUCUCUACUAUAUACUAAAAAAAAAUUGUCAGGUUCAUUAUCAAUUCCUAAAACAGAACAAAAUGGGCAAGUACAUAUUAAUAUUUUCAAUACCAGGGGUUAAAAUAAAGAGUUCUCAUUAACCAGAACACCAUUUCUUGAGAUUCAUGAUUUUAAAAGUUUCUGUUCUAACAAGAUAGAAAGUAUGAAUGAUAUUGCUUUAUUUUGACAACAUGAAAAGUAUGUUUUUCUUUUUAAAUAAAUUCCAUAUUUUCUUGAUAUUUUGAAAAAUAAAUUCUUGUUAAGAAUUAGUCUGAAUUUUACCAUAGUUGGAAUUUAUAAUUCCUAAGAAUUAAAUUUUUAAUUAUUUUUAAAGCUCUGUUCUUCUCUACACCUACAGAAAAAUGAAAAUUCACUGUAUGGUAUUUGGGAAUCUAUUUCACCUAGAAAGAAAGAAUGUCCACAUUUCAAAUGGUUUUGAGUGAAUAGAGAUGUUUUAUUUUUGCUUUUAUGUAUUUUUACUCAAUCUGCAAAGUGUUUGAGGCAAUCAUGACACAUAUUUUCAUUUCUAAAUCUUCUUUUCAAAGAAGCCUAGUGACUACAUUAACCUUAUCGCAAACUGCUGUUGUGUGACGUUGGACAAAUCGCUGCCUUUCUCAGUUUCUCAUCUUUAGAAUGAGGGAUUGGGAUUGCCAGUGGUUUUCAAGUUUUUCUUAACAGCAGGACUUUUUUCUACUAAAAUUGCAUAUGGAAUCCUGUUGGGUAAAACAGCUCAAAACAAUGAUGGAGUUCCUGCAGCACUUUAGAUCUGGGCGCCCCAACCCCACCCCAGUAGGAUUUAAACACUGUCAUAACACACCAGCCACCUAUAAAAUUUCUCCCACCUCUGAAGUUCCAAGAUUCGACUAGAUCAGAUAGAUCCACUGUGGCGGCUUCAUAAGAAAACUUGUACAAUCACAGUAAUUGACUGAUAGAUAAUAAAAAUUUACAUUUACUUGAGUGCUUACCAUAUACCAGUCACUACAGAUAUUAGCUAAUUUAAUCCUCAUAGCAACUGAAAAGUUAAGUACUCUUUGUGAUUCCUGUUUCACAAUUGAUGACAUUGAGGCUUAGAGUAAUUAAUUUCCCCCAAGUGACAUAGCAGCGGGAAGUAACCCAGUUGUCUUGACUGCAGAGGGGGCCUCUGACCAGUUUUGCUUGUUCAUUCUGGGAAAUAAACUCUUCUAUUUUAUUUUACUAUACAUACAUCAUUUGAAUCCUAAGGUUAACGGUGCUAUGGAAAAUUAGUAUCAAAAUAAGGAUAAUUCCAAUAGCAAAAUUGUUGGAAAAGGGUAUGUUUCUCAGAGUAUGACUUGUGGACCACUUGUAUUAACAUACAUUUAAAAGGGCAAUGAUUUUGGUUCAGUCACCACUAUCCCAGAACCUAGACGAUAGCAGGAAUCAACAAGUUUAUAUUGAAUGAAUAAAUCUCUAGGGAUGGAGUUUAGGAAUGUGUAUUUUGACAAGCACCCAAAAUCUGAGAACCACUGCCCUAAUAGACCUCUGAGGUCCUUCUUAGUUAUGACAUUAUAUCAAAUUUUAAACAUUAAAUUGAAAGUUGACUAUCAUUUUUCUAGUGAGUUUAUUUUUUCACUCAGUCCAUUUAACUUUCUCCAAUCUUAAAAAAAAAAAAAAAAGGAUUCAGGGCUUUUUCUAGGAAAAUCCCUAUCUUUUCCUUAAAGUUCUCCUGUCAUGCUAUCUAGUCUCAAAGUGGCCUGAAAUGCAUUCUCUCGUUUUCGUAUUUCUGUCCUUUUCGUCAAUGUCUUAAAAGACCUAGAGAAGCAGUAGGCUGAUUGCAAGCUGUCUCUCACUGCAAAUACAAAGUCCCAAUAAAUGUCUUCCUCCUUGCAAGAGACACUCAGAUGGAUAUGUAGAUUGUGAGCUGGCCCUAUUUAUCUUGUAGACCUUUGAAUUGGAUGCUUUAUAAGCAUGGACCAGUGUCAUUCUAGAAGAGUUGCACCAAUCAUUUUUAUUUUUCCUUUAUUUUGUUCAUAAUAAUCACAGCUGUCAAUUAAAUUUGAAUGACACAGUAAAAUAUAUAGAUACUACUAAGAAGAUGACUUUGUUGAGUUUUGCUUUUUUUUUUUUAAGCUUUCUUUUUUCCUUACAGAUUAUGCAUUCAGCAAAAUCCCAUUCAGUCUAAAAGUACUCAUUUUGCCACAUGGUUUUCUGACCAGCAAUUUUUUUUAAUGGAAGCAAAAUUUUUUAUGAUAUUAAAAGGAGGAUGACCUCUAAAUAAGUUAAUAUAAGUAAGAAUGAUGUUUCCUUGAAAUAAGUCAAAUUAAGUUGCUGAUAUGAAUGUACAAAUCGAUCUGUGUUACACUGAUUGAAGAAAGUGUUCUGAUAACCCACCCCACCACUUUUAACUGUGUGCACUUCUGUUAGGAGGCUUUAUUGGAUUUUCCUGCUUCUUUUGUGUUUGGUUUUUUUUUUUUUUCCAUUUGGCAAACAACAUCUAAAUGCGAUUCCCUCACUCAUGAAUUAAACAUGCUUGCCAUUACAUUACUUUUUGUGCAUGGAAUGUAUGGAGGGAAAAUGAGGUAGAAAUCCAAUAUUUAAAUCUCCAAAUAUUAACAAACAACAACAAAAGAAAACCCACUAGCUUUUCCCUGGGUCAUUGCUUUGAUGUUCUGUCAUCUUCUGUAGGCUAAAGUUGCAAUUUUAAUAUCUAAUUCAAAUUGAAAAAUUCUUUUUGACAGAAAGUCAAAUUUUAGGGUCUCUUGAGUUGACUGUGGUCGGAUCUCCUGACUUCCCCUCAUGUUUAAUAUUUGAUCUCUAUCCUAAAUGAGUAUUCUUGUGAGAGAAGGCACCUCCUUAUUGACAUUCACCAUAAGUAUAACAAUUUAUUCUCUAGGUAUAACUUCUAAAGUUAUUUUUCCUUGACUUAUAGUAUUUUUGAUUGCCUCCUUCUAUCCCUAGGGUGGUAGGUUGCUUAUUCUAAAUACACCUUUAACCUUAUAAGAAAAGAUGUUUCAAUGAGAAGCAAAUAUAUUUUUAUGUGUCCCUUAAUGCUUAAAAGAAAAUAAUUAAAGGAUACUUCUGCAUUCACCUAUAUUCCAGUAUUUUCCAAAUCGUGUCCAAGUCUACUGUUAUUCACAAAUGUUCACUGUGUCCUGAGAAUAUAUGAUCCUAUGCCAUAGUCCCCACUCCUCGGACAUUUGAUAAUAAAGGUUAGUGUUUUAAUGAAGCUUAAGAAAGUUAUUAAAUCACAUAAACACUUUUUUUUUCCUAAACACACCUUGAAGAAACUUUAGAAAAGCUUUCCUGUAACACCAGCUUACAUAUCCUUCAAGAACCACAAAUAAUACAACCAGGAAUAUUUUGAAAGGAUGCUUCUGGGUUCUUGUUUAACUUUAAGAAAAAUUCCUGCCAUUUCAAAUGAAUUAAUAUCAUCUUAAAUUUCAUUAGUAUAUCUUAGUGAAUUUAACUUUAUCACCUAAAAUAUUAAAAAUAAAACAACAAUGUUGUUUUAAUAUUUUAAUUUUUUAAGUAUUAUUUUUAAGGUCUGCUCCUAUGACCAGCACAUCACGCCACCAUCUGUUGAAAACAAUCCAAAUUUUUUUACAGAAUGAAAUUUAAGAAAUUGAAUCAUGAUAGAUGAACGCUGACCGCAUUUUUACAUAAUCUUGUUAGAAACUAUAUGAAAAACAUUUUUAAAUGAGAGGGAUAUAUUAUUUAGCAAAGAUUUUGCAGAACCCUACACUCUAUUAAUGAACAUUUCACAGUUCUUUUUUGCUAGGCCUUAUUCUGCAAAUCAAUUGUUUUUACACAAAAUCAGCAAAAUUCCUUUAAAAAAAUUCCUGGACAAACUGAUUCAGAGUAAAGCUGAAUCACUUUACAUUUCUCCAAAUAUAGCUCAAUUUUUAAUUCAUUCAGAGGUUGUGAAUUGGCUUGAUAGAUAAGCCAUUUAUCAUUUUAAAUAUUCCAUUGAAUGAGUAUAUCAUGCAAAUGUUAAUUCCAUCUCAUUUGUUCAGUUAUAUAUUACUUCAUUGACAUUUUCUCUCCUUUUCUUAUUUUUGACAAAACAAAUGCUUAGUGUUAUUCAUACAUGCAUCAUUACUUCAAACUAUUUUAAUAAUACACCAAAUGACUACCACUGGGAUCACUGUCCCAAGGUCCAAAGUCAGAUUUUUUUCUUUUCCUUGUGAGAGAUGAUAGGAUGAUAAUUCUUAUAGCUGUGUUGACUUUGCAGUUCUGUAUUGAAUUCUUGCUUUGUUCAGUGGAGGUGCAUGAAAGAGAUUGGCUCCUGUCUGAUCCGUCUGUUUCUCUCUCAAUCUAAGAGAGUUGGAAAAUUGCUCCUGAUUAUUUUUUCUUGAAAAAGCCAAGUGUUGGUAUAUUUAUGAUGAUAUGCUAAUCUUAUCUCUGAGCAGAGUUCAUUACAGGCCAAGCAGUCCUUUAUGGAGCUGGCUUUUUUAACUGUUUGAAUAUUAUUGGGUUUCAAUAUACAAAUACUUUUUUUAAAAUUUUUCACUUCGUGUAGAAAAAAAAAAACUCUAUAAAUGAAAUGAUCAAGUUUUAAUUUUCAUGCCUCCUAAGUGGCAUUCAUUUUUUUUUCUUACUUUAACAUUCAGAGAAACUAGGAAAAGAAUCCCAGAGAAAUUUUGCUGUGUUUCUAUAGGUAAUAAAAUUCCAUCCGUUGUCUUUCUUAAGAAAAAUGCUGUUAGUGUAUCCUUUAAUCUGACUUGGUGGUAGCCUUUAUUCAGAACUCCCCAUGAUCUUUAUAGCAACAGUAAACUGAAUUUCUUCAUGACCUUGUACGCAGUAUAUAUAAUUUCACAGAAUUCCUUGAGCAUAACAUAUUUAUAAAAGAAAUUGUGGGUUAAAAUACUCACAUAUUUAAAAUAUUUUUUAAAUCUAGUUAAAAUGUUGAUGCCUGGCUCUUUUUCCUACAUGUGUAAUUCAACAGAGAGUACUUUUAUUCUCAUAGCCGUUACUGCUUUGUCUAUGAUGAAAGGUUUAUUGCUUCUGUGCUGUGCUCAAGAAAAAAACCAGCAAAAGAAGCAAGGGUUCACUGCUGCAAAGCUGUUGAGCAAUGGUGACAUGAAUGUGUAUAGUACUGACUUAUGGAAGAUAAUCAUGAGAACAUUUUGACGUUACUUGCCUUAUGAGUUAGAAAAGGUGUGGAUAUCAUUUUUUUGUAAAUAAUGAUUUUUACAAAUGUUUUUUCCUUCAUAAUUUUCCCAAUCACCCAUUUCACAAAAUCCUGAAUAUGCAAUUAUUUAUCAUGACACAUUACUGCAACUAGGGUUCCCGUUUCAGAACAAACUUUAAUUAUACAUGAGAUCAAGAUGAAAUAUCUAAAGUAAGUUGUUAUUUAAAUGUGAUUUUUUUUCUGGAAAAUAAAUGAAAAAU